ACGACGCGGGCUCGGAAGGGGGGUGCGUUGCCAAGAUGUCGACGGCGGCUGUGCCGGAGUUGAAGCAAAUCAGCCGGGAGGAGGCGAUGCGCCUGGGGCCCGGCUGGAGCCACUCGUGCCACGCCAUGCUCUACGCCGCGAACCCAGGACAGCUCUUCGGGCGCAUCCCCAUGCGCUUCUCGGUGCUGAUGCAGAUGCGCUUUGAUGGGCUGCUGGGCUUCCCCGGGGGCUUCGUGGACCGGCGCUUCUGGUCCCUGGAGGACGGACUGAACCGCGUGCUGGGCCUGGGCCUGGGCUGCCUGCGCCUCACCGAGGCCGACUACCUGAGCUCGCACCUGACCGAGGGUCCGCACCGCGUCGUGGCGCACCUGUACGCGCGGCAGCUGACGCUGGAGCAGCUGCACGCCGUGGAGAUCAGCGCGGUGCACUCGCGCGACCACGGCCUGGAGGUGGGGCCACCGCCCGGGGCCCGUCCUCCGCCCAGGGGUUUGGCUCUGGCUCCGCUGAAGGCACCGAUGGGUGCUGGGCCUGGUACGCGUACCUCUCUACACUCAAAAGGAUCGUGUCGGUGGCUUCCCCAACUUCCUGAGCAAUGCGUUCGUCAGCACUGCCAAGUGCCAGCUGCUCUUCGCCCUCAAGGUGCUCAACAUGAUGCCCCAGGAGAAGCUGGCUGAGGCCUUGGCCGCAGCCACUGAAAAGCAGAAGAAGGCCCUGGAGAAGCUGCUGCCCGCCUCCUCCUGAGGUGCUCCCCGUGCCGGCGCUGUGUGUCACCCUCCCCAGCUUGUCUGUACCCUGGGGCUCUGGUCUUGGGGUGAAGCGGGCCUCUGACAGCUGGCAACCCUUCCACCUCCUCUGCUCAGGGCGGAACUGCUGGAGGCCCCGUGAGCCUGUUGGUCCACAGCCCUGGAGCCUCAGGAGCCGCUCUGUGCUGGUGGAGGGUGUCUUGUCUUGGUGGCCUUGUCUCUGCAUCCCUCCCAAGCUAACACCAGGACUGGAGAGCCAACAUGGGCUGGGCAGCUUGCUGUUGAUUUUGGUGGAGGUUGCACCGUAUGGGGCUGGUCUCCCAGGGACAGCUGGGGUUUGGCUGUGUGAACUGGAGACCAGGAGGCAGUUCUGCUGUUCCGUGGGACCUGGGCUCUGGGUGGAAACCUGUGCUGAGAGGGGCUUCCUCCCUGGCACCCUGUCCUUGGCAGGGGCUCAGCUGCUGGCUCCCCUGCUGACCCUGACCCCAAACUCUGAUCUAUGCUUAGAAAACCUGCCUCUCUCCAUCCUCAGCCCGGUCUGCAGGCACCUGCGAGGGGAUGGUCUGGAAGCGCAGGCCUAGUGGGCAGUGAGACCAGCAGAGCCAUCUUGCACAGGAAGGCCACCACUGGCAGUCCCCUGCAGCCUGCGACCUGGAAGACACCAGGGUACAGCGGGAGUGUCCACAGCCUCCGCCUGGCCUGGUAAGGAAGGUGCUGCUCACCGAGGCCGAGCGUGGGGAAAGGCACGUUGCUACAGAAAUAAACACCUGUGCCCUGCUCA